AUGCGCGGCGCCCCCCUCGAGGGCCGCCGAUCCCGCAAUUGCGCCGCUCUCCCUCGGUUUUCCUCGGCGGCGGGGUCGUUCCCGAAUCCGUUUUUUUUUUCCCUUCGGUUCCCUUUUCGGGGUUUGCGGCUGCGGAAAAAACGGGUUCGUGGGUCCCACCCGUCCGCUUGGAAUUAUUUUUGGGGGUCCUUUCGUUCGCCCCCGUCUUGGAGCACACCCGCACCCGAUAGAAACCUGAACGGCGUCCAUCAACACCACCGCCUUAAGAGACGUGCCCAGGACCCAGGCAGAAACCCCAGUUUGUAA